AUGGCUGAAAACAUAUACAGCAAGGGCACCCGUGUCUGGUUCCCCGACAAGGAGCUCGGCUGGAUCUCCGCAGAGGUCUCAACCGCCUCCCGCACGAAUGACACCGUCAAGCUGGUCUUUGUAGAUGAACGCGGCAAGGAAAUUAAGAUCGAUACCACGGUGCAGGACAUCAAGGACGGCAAGGAGGGCCUCCCACCAUUACGCAAUCCCCCCCUCCUCGAAACUGCUGAUGACCUCGCAACCCUCUCUCAUUUGAACGAACCCUCUGUCCUUCAUACCAUCCGCAAUCGUUACGCACAACACAGUAUCUACACCUACUCCGGUAUCGUCCUCAUCGCUGUCAACCCCUUCCAACGCGUCGCCCUCUAUGGCCCAGAGGUCAUCCAAGCAUACAAUGGCCGCCGGAGAGGCGAGCUCGAGCCCCACUUGUUUGCCAUCGCGGAGGACGCCUACACCGCCAUGAGCAGGGAUGGCACAGGCCAGACUAUCAUCGUUUCCGGCGAGAGUGGUGCCGGGAAGACAGAGUCGGCCAAGUUCAUCAUGCGUUACAUCGCGUCCGUCAACCCUCCAGACUCGAAGACAAGAACAAGGACGAAGGCGUCCCUGGAUGAGUCUAGCGAGGUCGAGCGGCAGAUCCUCGCGACCAACCCCGUGCUCGAGGCGUUCGGUAACGCUAAGACCACCCGUAACGAUAACUCUUCGCGUUUCGGAAAGUAUAUCCAGAUUCUUUUCGACGGCGACCAAGAAAUCGUUGGCGCGCGGAUCCGCACAUACCUCCUCGAGCGUUCACGUGUCGUCUUCCAGCCACUCACCGAGCGCAACUAUCACAUCUUCUACCAACUCUGUGCCGGCGCGCCGCUCAAGGAGCGAAAGGACCUCGGCCUCGAUACUGAUGUGUCGAAGUUCCAGUACCUCAGCCAGGGCGGUCCCCAGUCAACACCAAUCGCGGGAGUAGACGAUGCUGAGGAGUUCCGGCAAACGCAGAUUGCGCUCUCGACCAUUGGUAUCUCGGUCGAAAAGCAGUGGGCCGUGUUCAAGCUGCUCUCUGCGCUCUUGCACCUAGGAAACAUCAAGGUCUCGCAGACUCGCAACGACGCUAUCAUCGACGACACGGACCCCGCGCUGCAGCUCUCGACACGCUUUCUGGGCGUCCCUCUUGCGGACUUCAAGAAGUGGACGAUCAAGAAGCAGAUCACAACACGCUCAGAGAAGAUCGUCACGUCGCUCAACGGCGCGCAGGCAUCCGUCGUGCGAGACAGUAUCGCGAAGUUCGUGUACGCGUGCUUGUUCGAGUGGCUUGUCGCGAUUGUCAACGAGAGUUUGGCCGGCGAGAACGGUGAGGCUGCCAGUCGUGCGGAGAUGUUCAUUGGCGUGCUCGAUAUCUACGGGUUUGAGCACUUCAAGAAGAACUCCUUCGAACAAUUCAGCAUCAACUACGCCAACGAGAAGCUGCAGCAGGAAUUCAACCAACAUGUGUUCAAGCUCGAGCAAGAGGAGUAUGUGCGCGAGAAGAUCAACUGGACGUUCAUCGAGUUCUCGGACAACCAGCCUUGUAUCGAUGUCAUCGAGGGCAAGCUUGGUGUCAUGGCUCUCUUGGACGAAGAGUCUCGUCUCCCCUCCGGUACCGACCAGUCGUUCCUGCAGAAGCUCCACAACCAGCUCGGCAAACCGGAGAAUGCAAAGGUGUUCAAGAAGCCACGGUUCGGAAACUCUGCGUUUACCAUUGCGCACUAUGCGCUCGACGUCACCUACGAGGUUGAGGGCUUCCUCGAGAAGAACAGGGAUACGGUUCCGGACGAGCACAUGGCGCUUCUCACGGGCACGAAGAACAUGUUCUUGAAGGAGGUCCUCGACGCCGCCUUCACUGCGACGAAGCCGCCAGAUGCUACUCCACCCUCGCCUACCGUCUCGGACAGCCCGAGCGGUGGUAACCGCCGCGCGUCCGUCAUCCCAGAUCCUGGCCGUCAGUCACUCAUCUCGUCUGCUACUGCUGCGUCGGGCCCCAAACGUCCGGGAGGCCCGGUGAAGAAGCCGACCCAGGCUUCCAUCUUCAAGGCUUCCUUGGUCAACCUUAUGGAGACGCUGAACGUGACGAACGUGCACUACAUUCGUUGUAUCAAGCCGAACGAGCAGAAGCGCGCCUGGGAGUUCACGCCUCAGCAGGUCCUCGGUCAACUACGUGCUUGUGGUGUUCUCGAGACUAUUCGUAUCAGUUGCGCCGGUUAUCCCUCACGGUGGACAUAUGAGGAGUUCGCGGAGCGGUACUACAUGCUCGUUCACUCUUCGGAAUGGGAGCCCAUGAUCAAGAACCUCGAGCUGAAGCCCCUCUGUGCACGCAUCCUUGAGAAGACGAUCAACGACCCCGACAAGUACCAGCCCGGUCUGACGAAGAUCUUCUUCCGCGCGGGCAUGCUCGCUGCGCUCGAGUCCCUGCGCUCAAACAGGCUCAACUCACUCGUCACCAUCGUCCAGAAGAACAUGCGGCGGCGCAUGGCGGUCAAGCGGUACAGGGACCUCCGUGCAGCGACGAUCAAGAUCCAGACCUGGUGGAGGGGGAUCACUGCGCGCAGGCUCGUCGAGAAGGUCCGCCGCGACGUUGCUGCGAUCCGGCUGCAGCGUGGCAUUCGGCGGUACCUCCAGCGCAAGCGGUUCCUCACCAUCCGGCAGUCUAUCACUGCCGUUCAGAGCCGUGCUCGUGGUGCUCUGGCGCGCAGGUUGUUCAAGGACUCAAAGCGCACAUUCGCCGUCGUCACAUUGCAAAGCCUCUUCCGCGGACUGCUUCGUCGGAGAGAAUACCGCACGGAUGUCAGCAAGGUCAUCCUCAUCCAGUCAUGCAUGCGUCGGCGGCUUGCACGGAAGGAGCUCAAGGCGCUCAAGGCAGAGGCGCGCUCCGUUUCCAAGUUCAAGGAGAUCUCGUACCGGUUGGAGAACAAGGUCGUCGAGCUUACCCAGAAUCUCCAGAAGCGGACGGAGGAGAAGAAGGAGCUCCAGGGCAGGGUGUCAGCGCUCGAAGCUCAGCUCACUCAGGCCGUGUCACGACACGAGGAGUCGGAUGCUCGUGCGAAACAGGCGCAGGCCGACUUCCAAGGCGCGCAAGAGGAGCUUUCGCGUCGCGAGGUGCUCCUCAAGGCCAAGGAGGAUGUGGAGAAGCGUCUCGAAGAGGCGUUGGCGAAGGCUGCAGAGAAGGAGUUAGCGAUUGUGAAACUGCAGGAGGAGCUGGCCCAGCAGGCCGCUCAGCUAGAGUCCCAGCAGAAGACCAUCGACAGCACCCCGGUCAGGAACGCAGACGACAGCUCUGUGAUCCAGACGCUCAAGAGCGAGGUCAGCAGCCUGCGCGAGCAGCUCAACCGCGCGACUGCGCUCAACGCGUUGACUCGCGGUGUUCGUGCGGAGCCUACAUCACCGACCUUUGCACCUACGCUUCGUCUCGGGGAAGCCCCAACUGCCAACGGCGCCGCGGCAGCGAUGUCUGCUGCUGCUCGCAGUCACCAACGGAGACACAGCUCUGCAGGCGUGUACGCCAUCAGCCCCUCCGACCACCGUACUUCCGCAGACGAGCUCAUGUUCAUGGCGAAGCGGAGCCAGACGGCGAACCCCCGCGCUGUCUCUGUUGCGUACAACGGCGAAGAUGGUCUGCCGCAGUUCCGCGUGCUCGACCGCUCGUCGGGUAUGUACGACGACCCCGCGGAAGAAAAGAUCAGGUUGAUGCAGGACAUCAAGCGUCUGGACGAGGACGUGCUGGACGGCCUGAUCCGUGGACUCAAGAUACCCGCGCCCAGCUUGACGAGCCCCGCCGCUGUCAAGGAGAUCCUGUUCCCCGCCAACCUCAUCUCGCUCAUCACGAACGAGAUGUGGAAGUACGGGCUCAUUCCGGAGAGCGAGCGGUUCCUUGCGAACGUGAUGCAGACCAUCCAGUCGCAUGUCAUGUCUUUCACUACCGAGGACGCGAUUAUACCCGGCAUCUUCUGGCUGUCGAACGUCCACGAGAUGCUUUCCUUCAUCUGCGUCGCGGAGAGCGACAUGCUCCAGGGCAUCGGCCCCGGCGAGGAGAACGCGGUGCGGCCAUUCGAGUGGGCGGACUACGAGCGCCUCGUCUCGGUGGUCAAGCACGACCUGGACAGCCUCGAGUACAACAUCUACCACACGUGGAUGCUCGAGACGAAGAAACGGCUGUCGAAGAUGGUCAUCCCCGCGCUCAUCGAGAGCCAGUCGUUGCCGGGCUUCACUACGACGGACGGCGGCGGACGGCUGUUCAAUCGCCUGUUGAACUCGAACUCGCAGCCCGCGUUCAGCAUGGACGACAUCCUGAACCUCCUGAACAAGGUGUGGCGGAGCUUGAAGAGCUACUACAUGGAGGAGAGCGUGGUACAGCAGGUCAUCACGGAGCUGCUCAAGCUCAUCGGCGUGACCGCGUUCAACGACCUCCUCAUGAGGCGCAACUUCUCUUCGUGGAAGCGAGCGAUGCAAAUCCAGUACAACAUCACUCGCAUAGAGGAGUGGUGCAAGUCGCACGACAUGCCCGAGGGCACGCUCCAGCUCGAGCAUUUGAUGCAGGCAACCAAGCUUUUGCAGCUCAAGAAGUCGACGCCGGCCGACUUGGAGAUCAUCUACGACGUGUGCUGGAUGCUCACCCCCACACAAAUUCAACGCAUGUGCACGAACUACUACGUCGCCGACUACGAGACACCGAUCUCCCCCGAGAUCCUUCGCGUCGUCGCAUCACGAGUAUCGCCCAACGACCGCAACGACCACCUGCUCCUUGCGCCCGAGACGGAGGAGGUCGGCCCGUACGAGCUGCCCCUGCCCCGAGAGGUGUCUGGGCUGGAGACGUACGUGCCCGCAUACCUGAAUGUGCCCCAUCUGCGGAGGCUCGCUGCUCUGGUAGCAUAGCGGGCGCCCUGGCUGUGAUGUCCAUACGCUUUUCGAUCGAUCUGCAUAUCUGUGCUAUGGGAUUCAAUGUAAUGGUAAUUUACGACUAUCCAAUGGUUU